AUGGGUGUUGUCUAUCCAUAUGGGCAGCUGGUCCGGGCUACCGCCCGGAACCGCGUCUCAUGCGUCGUCCCCCGACGGACAUUCACCUCGACAGCUGUUUGCCGCGCCGAGAACGAUGGCGGCAAAUCCGACAAGCCUGCCGGGAACAAGAAGGGCUCGCUCUUGUCAUCCAUGAAAAAUUGGGUCCUCGGUGAUAAACCCAAGGCAACUCACACGCCGGCCGCCCCCAAGCGAGAAGAAGGUGGACUCGGAGCCAGCUCGAUUUUCGCCGACGACGUCGGUGCACCCUCUGGCCCCAGGCCCGGCCGGAAGAAGGAGCAGAUCCAGGAGCAAACUGCGGAACAGGCCGAUGUGCCGCUGGAGGAGCGAGACAAGAAGCGUCUGCAGAUGGCGUUGAACCCCAACCCUAGGGCGCAACUCCGAUGGGAGAAGAAGAUGGUCGCCCGUGAGAUUGGGAAACGAGGCCGUAUUCCCGAGCGAGUACAGAUCCAACGAACGGAACGCGAGUCUCUCUCUAAGUCACACUGGUUUAAGACCUCGGUUAAGAAGCUGGGUCCCCUGGCCCGGCAAAUCGCUGGCAAGAACAUCGACGAGGCUAUUCUGCAGAUGCGUUUCAGCAAGAAGAAGGCUGCGCAGGAUGUUCUCGGUCACCUUGAGCACGCAAAGAACGUCGCCAUGGUCCGUGCCGGCAUGGGCCUGCCGGUCGCCGCCGAGUCCGAACGUCCCAAGCCCAUCACCGUCACCCUCAAGUCCGGCGAGCGCAAGAAGAUUUCCGACCCCACAUCUAUCUAUAUCCAACAGGCAUGGGUAAACCGUGGUCCGUACGGAUUCGGUAUGGACCACCGUGCCCGCGGCCAGAUCAACCGCCUUCGACCACCGGCCACUGGUCUCACUGUUCUCUUGAAGGAGGAGAAGACUCGCAUUCGCGAGUGGGAAAAGCGCGAGGCUGAGGCGCUACGGAAGCGGGCCUCCCAGCUCUGGACCCAGCUGCCGGAUCGGAAGAUUUCUGCUCAAAACCAGUAUUACAGCUGGUAA